CGCCAUUAGAGUUUAGAAUCGCGGAAAAGGUAGCCGAGUCCGAAAAUGGCUUCCAAGAUCAAGAAUCUCGUCAGCAAGAAGAAGCGACGAUAUCAAGAAGGUGGCUUUGACCUGGAUCUUAGCUAUAUCUAUCCCAAUAUUAUAGCUAUGGGCUUCCCAGCUGAGAAAAUUGAGAGCUAUUAUAGAAAUAGUAUUGAUGAUGUUGUCAGAUUCUUGGAUUUAAAGCAUAAGGACCACUAUAAAAUAUAUAAUUUGUGUUCAGAAAGAUGUUACGAUAUAUCCAAAUUCCGAAAUAGAGUUGUACAUUAUCCUUUCGAUGACCAUCAUCCUCCCAAGUUAGAACUUAUAAAAACAUUUUGUGAAGAUGUUGAUGAGUGGUUACGCAAAAAUGAGGCUAAUGUAGCUGUAAUUCAUUGUAAAGCAGGCAAGGGUAGGACAGGGGUGAUGAUUUGUUCCUAUUUAAUUCAUAUAGGAAAGUUUCUCAGUGCUCAAAAGGCGUUAGAAUAUUACGGAAAAACUAGAACCCUAAAUGAAAAGGGAGUUACGAUACCAAGUCAAAGGCGUUAUGUGGAAUACUAUGAAUUUUUAAGGCUAAAAUGUGUAGGUGAUUACAAGCAAACAACGUUGUUACUUAAAACAAUUCACUUUGAUACAGUUCCUAUGUUUUCAGGUGGAGUGUGUAAUCCAUAUUUUGUCGUUAGUCAACAAAAAGUUAAAAUUUAUUCUUCACCUUCUUAUGAAAGUAAGCGAGGUGAUAAAUUUAUUAAAUGUGAUGUUACACCGCCACUGCCAAUAUGUGGAGAUAUUAAAAUAGAAUUUUUUCAUAAAACAAACAUGCUUACAAAAAGGGAAAAAAUGUUUCAUUUUUGGUUCAACACAUUUGUGAUAUCAGCUGGUGAAAAAGUCUCAAAUGGAGCGACGGGAAGUGAGGGCGACGACUGCGACAUCUUAACACUAACACUUAGAAAAGAUGAAAUUGACAAAGCUAACAAAGAUAAAACAAAUAAAAAUUUCUCACCAAAUUUCAAGGUGCGAUUAAUAUUCAGCACUGUGGAUGAGCAGUCGGAACAAUCAGAAGCAACAAAAGCUGUGGAUGGUUGUACUAACACUGGAGGACUAGACGGACAAGAACUAAGCAGUGGCAGUGGAGACGAUGUUUUACAUACGGAUGAUGAGAACUUAUCAGAUACAGAUGAGGAGGAAGAAUGGACAGGUGUAGAUUCUUCCUCUAGUGUUUGCUGUUGACUUGGGUAAAACCAUGACAUCUGAAGGGUGAUCUUGGGUGGCAGGGAGAAGUUGUCUUCAAUUUUGUAGUUCAGACCUAAGUUAAUUCAAAUCUCAAGAGGUUGUUGGAGUUGGUUGAUACAUGGUUUCUUUUUACCAAGAUUGAAUUUUAUUCAAACUAGAAUUUGUUUGUCCGAUGUAGUGUUUUGCUCUCCCAUGGUGCGACUGGUCAUGGUGACACAUCUCUCCACCAAAGGUGUGAUUGUUCAAGGGCGCAUGUCUCCAUAAUGUGACUGUAAAUGGUUAUGAUGGAUAUUAUCUGAAAGCAUUAUCUGUCCAGUCUUCAUUCUAAUGAGAAAUGUUCCAUUCAUCAAGUUCUUUGAAAUAAUGCUUCCAAACAAUUUUGUUUAUUUCCAACUGGAUGUAAAAUUGUUGACUGAAAUUGCAUUAUUGCUGUGUUAGUGUUUCCAUCUGAUAUUUUUCAAAAUAUUCUGCAUUUCAUCUUCCAAAUGUAAUGCCUCUUGGGAAAAAUUUAACUUCAAUUGUUGCUUAAAAAUUGAUGGUACAACAUGAACUACAUAAUGUUUGCAUUUUCUGACCCAGCUAACUGCUUACCAUUGCUGCUAUUGCAGUGCAAGUGUCCAUAUCCCAAAAUAAAUGACCUAAACUGUGUGUGUUUCUGUGGAAAGACCUUCUACCCCUCCUCACCUCUCAGAAAUGAAUGGUUAAACCCGGUCAACAAAAGCCACUAGUGACAUCAUGUUGUUGCUGAUGAACUGCUCAGAUGUAUUCUGUAUUUAAUACCAGAUAUGUUCAUCACACAUCUGUACAUUGUUGAAUGAACAUCACUGGUUGUCCUACAAGUGGGUGGGAAGGUACCAAAGUGGGGAUAGCAGAACCAGGAGGUGUUAAGUUGAAGAAUGCAAGAUUAUGGCCAUCCACAAACUAGCCCCAUUAGAAUACUUGAGUAAUGCAAGUUAAUAUAUUCUACUGUGCCUCCUGGCCAAACUUUAGACAUUCCAUAUUUUAGAGGUAUGUUUUCUGUGUUUUUGUAAAUGUCUAUUUCUUGACAAUCUGCGAAAUGUCAGUGCACCAGGGAUUUUUUUAUUCUUCUGUUUUUACUUACUAGUACUUCCUUCCCUUCCAUGACUUUUCUAUUCUUCUUCCAGUUCUGUUUAGGUUGUCAUGACAACACCUAUACAAGUCCAAAACUAUGCCUUUCAUCGACAUCCCCCACCAUUUGCCAUCUUUUUACAUAAUAGAUUACCAUCUCCUCAUUACAACUAUAAACCACCUCCCACAAUCGCUAAUUUUGAUCAAGUCCUUCAGAAAUAUACAAAUUAUAUCUCCUUGAUCUGAAAAUGAAAGUGUUUGAGCAAAUGCUACAGUUGUCCAGUAUUCACAGAUGGAUGUGGAUUCUGAAUUUAUAAUAGUUGUUUGAAUUGUUCUUGUUGAUUUAUGAUAAUUACAUACACCCUGAUGAAUUCCCAUUCUACAACUGAAUUGUCAUCUGUCCAUGUAUAAUUCCCAAUAUUUACUUCCUGUAAAUUCAUUCAAUUGUUCUUUAGAAAAUAGGAAAUAAUGUCUCUGUUCAUCUGUAAAUUUCCCACAGUGCAUCAUUUGUCACUGUUUCAUCUGUAAAUUCCCAAUUCCCAAAUUGAUAGUGUUUGCGCAUUUAUCGUUUGUGCAUAUUGCAUGAUGUGAGGUCAACAAACAGGAAGGUAGGACAGAUUUUGAACGUUCCAAAUGCGCAGAGUCACAGUGCACAUAACAUCAAUGUUGCCAACUUGCAACGUAAAAAUUCCCCUCAAAUAAAACUGCCAUCAUCUUCCAACUAACUCACACCAGUCUCUGAAAAUUUGCACACUAUUCUGCCUAAGCAAGCAUAAUGUAAAUUAUCUUUUGCUAUAGCGUAAUAUUUUCAUAUUUUUUGUGGGUAUUUUGGGAGUUGAAAAACUAUGUCACAAUCAUAUUUACUCAGCAAAACACAAGUACUAACUCUAUUUCAAUCCAUUUUCUCUGAAAAAUCGUCUUUUUCAACUGAAAUCCACGUUUCUCAGCUGUCUUGAAUAGUUUUUCUAGCUGCCCUCGUUUGUACCCACCCACACUCACUCCACUAUCUGUUUCAAAUAUGACGCUGACUUCUUCCGGGUUGCAUGUCUACUCUACUGGUGUUCUUUUGACGUUCUAUAUUUUUGUCCUACUCUCGCUUGUUGCUAACGCAUGUGCAAAUAGAUUUACAUUGAGUCUGACGGGAAUUGGGAAUUCCAACACUGCAUCAUUUGGGACAGGAAAUGGUGUCACUGGUUCAUCUGUAAAUUCGCACAGUGCACCAUUUGGAACAGGAAAUGAUGUCACUAGUUCAUCUGUAAAUUACCAUAUAGUGUAUCAUUUGGGACAGGAAAUGGUGUCACUGGUUUAUCUGUAAAUUCCCACAGUGCAUCAUUUGGACCAGGAAAUGAUGUCACUGGUUCAUCUGUAAAUUACCAUAUAGUGUAUCAUUAGUGAAAGAGUAAAUGAUGUCAUAUAUUCUCAUAACUGUAAAUUCCCAUUUUUGUCCAAACGCACAAACUGUGACUGCAAGUUGCUACCUAUUAUGCACUUUCUUUGCUUUAUGCUGCUUGUUUAACGUGACAUGUUCUUCUGGUAUUGGUAUUAUUCACAUUAUAAUUUGAUAAAUUUCUUUGAAAUUUACAAGCUGUAUUUAAACCUCCAAGUUCACUAUUACAAUAAGGACCUCAAGCAAGGGAUAUAAUAUGGGAAUGGAAGAGGGGUUUCUCAUGCUGGUUUCCAAGGGUGAUGGUGAUGCAUCAUAGUUUUAUUUAGGAUUCUUUCCUUCCAAAUAUAUCAUUCCUUGAUACUCACACAUACCUUCUUUUCUGUGAAUCCUUUUUGAAGUACGAAUGACAUACUACAUUCAAUCCUUAGUGUUCUAAUGCUCUCCCCAGAGCUGAGAUCAGUUACGUUCCAUCAUUAUGAUCCCUGUAUAUUAACCUUUUCACCACCAGUUCCUCUUUUCAUCACAAUUUUACAAAAUAGUCCUGUUUAUAGUCUGCACUUUCGUUCAAAUAAUUGAGACAAAAUUAGCAAAACAUUUUUUGAGUGAAAAUUGACUCAAAUUUGUUUGUAGGCUCCAAAAUUGGGUUUCAUUUCCUGAAAUAUUGAAUAAAAUAUAAAAGUGCAGAAAAAUUUGGGCGAGAGAGUCUGGUAGUGAAAAGGUAAAAUGGUUUCACUAAACUUUUCAUAGAGAUGAAAGUAUUAUUUCUCCUCAACAAUGUUGACAGCAAUAUCUUGUACACAUGCAAAUUAGCAGAGCCUGAUCAUACGAUAUGCUUAAAAUUUGACAAGAAAUAUUGCAUGUUUUUUGCUUACCCAUUCCUCCAUUACUAACCCAGAACUUUGGUGUCAUCUGUUUUACAAUGCCACAUAUCCAUGGUAUUUUCACAAAUAUAUGUUAAUUAGAAAUUACAAUUUGGGAGUAACAUUAUUUAUAUAUUGUAAUCAGGUUGGGCUCAACAACGUAAAACACCAAUGACAACUUGUGCUGACAUUUUAGUGAAACUGGUUAUGUAUUCUGAGCAGUUCAUCCUGUAUCUUGUUUUUCCAUGUUGGCUUUGUACAAAUUGAUUGUAUUUCUAAAAGAAGUAGUUAAACACAAGCAUUUUUUGUAACCAGAUUGAAUAUAUAUUAAGAUACAAAAAGAGUGCCUGUUUGUUUUACUAUUAUUCAAAUAAUACCAACAUCUAAUUACAUUUGUUUAGAUAACCAGUUUCUAAAACUUCAUUGUUUAGUCAUUGACAACAGAAAAUGUUAUUGUUUGUGAAAGUUUUCUUAUAUUUGAAAAAAAAAUCAUGUUGAACAGAAAUUAUAUAAAAAUCCACAUCUUGUGAGCCAGUUAUUUAUAACAGUUUUGUCUUGGACUUGAACAGCCUUAUUUUGCACAUAAACCAAACCAACCUAUCAGAAGUAAGGAAGCUAUUGAGAGGUGACUGAUGAUUGGCUAUUAGUAAUGUAGACCUUGUUAACUUGACUGUGAUUGGCCAAAACUUGAAAUGGUGCUACUCUGAAGAAUGUUUUUAUGGUUUCUGAAGUUCAUACUUGUACAUAGCCUCACACUUCAGCCAAAAAUAAAAACAGACCUUUAUUUUAUUUAUCUUUUAUCUUGUUUCUUUAUUCCUUGGCUUUGGAGCGGCUGAGACUGCUGGCAAUGCAUAAAGGAUAACUGCUGCAACUUUUGUCAGUAAUAUUUCCUAUGAGGGAAACCAUUCCAAUGAUAGCGACACAGAAAUGUAUAGUACACACCCAGACAAGCACAGCUCUUUGGAUUGUGUUAAGUAUAAGUAAAAUUGAAA